CGUGUGUGAUUAGCAGGUAUUGGAGCAACAGGGGCACUGAGUCACAAAACUCCCUGAGGUAAACUCGUCCAAUCUAAGAGGGUUCACAUCAUGGCAAUCAAGGACUACCCCACUUUGGCUUUUUUUUACCAACAACCAACUAUCUAGCUAACAGUCAACCAUGUUUCUAGAAUGUUACUUUAGUAACAACCAAGCUACCAACUAUUUUAGAGAACUUUGAAGGUUACAGUUCUAAACAGUGACGAGGGAAAGUAUCUGAGGUCAUGGGGAACUCAGAGAGCAUUUGGUGGAUUGUAGUGGAGUGCACCUGCAGGAUCCUUGGUAUUUCUACAGCAACGGUGUUGUGUGCUGUUGGAGUGGAGACCCUUCAACAAGGAGAAUUCAACAGCCUUGGCAUCUACCUAGUAGUGGCAUCUGUUGGCAUCAUGAUGUUUGAGCUGGCCUAUUUCCUGGACACGAUUCUGUCCAUGUGUCUGCCCUGUCCUCCAGACUGGCAACUCCUUUCUUUGUGGGGAAAGAUGGCUCGCAUUGGAGGCUUCCAUAAGUUCCUCUAUUACUCCAUAAUGUCCGUGGUGUGCUUCUUGCACCCCGUGUUGGUGUGGCAUGCAAUAAUCCCAGGAACAAUGCUUCUCGUGACAGCCUUUUUCAACUUCUUACUAAGCAAGAAAACAAAGACCAAAUCGCCCAAAAGGCCACAGGAGAUCCACAGCGGCCAAGGCCCGACCACUGUCUAUGUGACAGAAGGAGCCUCGAACAGCACUGUCUCAUUCUUCCACCUAGUGACAGGAAGGAAAGCAGGGGUACUGGGUCUCCCAAAUAGAGACUGUCUCGGCCCGGGAGAGAGGGGAGACAGCGUCCAGGCCAUGCUGGAGCUGGAGCAGACAGUAGCACCUAAAGGCACAGACAGGGAGAGGAGGAGGUGGAAAGAGAGGAGACUGAUAUGCUUGAGAGGUAGGGAGGAGCCUAUGGAGAGAGAGAUGGAGGAGAUGGACGGAUACUGUGAGCCAGAGCCAGACACCACCUCAGACACCGCACCUAUGAUUACUGACUGAAAAUCCCUCUGCUCUCAGACUGAGCUCCUUACUGAUUUCACACAAAGAAAAGCAUGUGUAAUGCAGCCAUACUGACUGCUGAGCAACUAGCUGCUGCUACACUGUGGCAGACGUUUUUGCUGAAAAUAACAUAAAAUGUGUGACCAACCAAAAAAGCAUUUGUGUGCUUUUGAGCAUUGGUGAGUGUUCAGUAAGAAUAAGUAUUUUAUGUAAUAAUUCAACUUAAAAAUGAAGAUUAAUAGUUUUACUAUUAAAUGUUCUACUAAUUGGUAUAUUUUUUACUUCAAAAAGAUCUAUUGGUACAAAACUAAAAUCUUAAAUAUUUCUAACAAAAAUCAGAUUUUCGGAUUUAUAAAUUUGAAGAAAUUAAACCAUUUAUGCAUGUGGGUGCUUUUAGUCUUAUUUUUCCAAAGGCAGCAUUGAUUGAAGAGCAGACAUUAAUGCCGAGCAAUACAAUCCACUUACUGCAGCAUACAUUAUUCAUGAGGUAAUAAAUUAGAUCAACUGUUUCAUUCA